AGGAGUCCAUGCCUUCAGUCUCUCCUGCGAGAGAUCACAGUAUCGCGCUUCUCUUCCUCACCUACGGGGAGGUCAAUAACCCAGAGGCCUGGGCGCAGUGGCUGAGGAAGGAAGAGGCCGACAAGUUCUCCGUGUAUGUUCAUGCUAAGGAAGCGAACAAGGUGCAGCAUGAUCUAUUUCGUCGCAAUCUUGUCAAGGCGGUUGACACGGCAUGGGGACGCGUGUCGCUUGUGAGGGCGCAUCUGGUGAUGCUCAGGGAGGCGCUCAAGGAGUCGAAGAACGAAUGGUUCGUUCUCCUGAGCAACAGCUGCCUGCCCAUGGUCAGCUUUGAAACGCUCUUUGAUUAUCUCAAUGCCCACAAGGGAAAGAGCUUCUUUGACUUACACAAGGUCGAGUCACAGAGAUUCCAGCGAGAAAAUUUCCGGAGGGUUUUGGAGGAGAAGAAGGCGAACAUGAGCGAGGGGAAGGAGAAGGAGCUGGCGCUGCUGGAGGAGCUCGCGAGCAAGGAGCACGGCGAGACGAUUCAGGCGCACUCGCAAUGGUGUAUCCUCUGCCGGGAAGACGCCAAGGCUCUCGCAGAGGCCCAAGACGCGGAACUCUGGCUCAGCGCGUUUGACCUGCUGCUUGAUGAGGAGUACGUCGACAAGAGCCUCAUGCUUGCACCGGAUGAGCUGCUUCCUCUGACGUACCUGCGGUACCACGCGAGGAGGAGAGGAGAGAGAAUGAGGAAGGUUGUGAACAUCAAGGUCACGUACUCGUGGUGCUGUCUGGAUGGAGGAAACUGCUCCUGCGAUGCCUCCCGUGCCAAACAUCCGCAGUCUUUCUCGCGGCUGAUGCCGGAGCUCGUGCGUCAGUGCUGCGACCACAACUCGCUGUUUGCACGCAAGUUUGAGCCCAAGAUGGAAGUGGAUCCUCUCGUCCAGCUCUGGCAAGCGACGACCGGAGAGGAGAAAGUGACAGCAGCCAAGUACAGCGACUGGAUGGCUGAUCCGAGUCGCCUGUCUGAGCGGCAGCAACUCGAGCUUGUCAUGUACAUGUCGAUGAGGGCGGAGAAACCAGGGCGAAGGCCUUCUCUUCCUCCGCCUUCGGCUCAUGGAGCUCAUGGAGGCUCGUGCGCUCCUCGCGCCUCGGUGGAUGCAGGAGCUGCGAAUCGCCGCGAAGCGACCGCGGGGAAGGAGAAGGUCAACAAGGACAAGGAGGAAGCGCAAGCGCGACGAACAGAGACGAGCAAGCUGGAGAGGAAUGCAGAAACGUUCAAGCAAGUACUUUACAGCUCCUCUGAUGACGAGCUGCCGCUCUCUGUGCCCUUACCCGUCCUGUCUAUAUCGAUGAAGCCCAACGUCGCGUGCACUAAGAGCAAGCCGUCGCUCGCGUAUGACUCAGACGAAGACGACCUUCCGCUCACCUUUGAGCUUCCCAGGAAGCCCAACGUCGCGUGCCCUAAGAGCAAGCCGUCGCUCGCGUAUGACUCAGACGAAGACGACCUUCCGCUCACUUUUGAGCUUCCCAGGAAGCGCACUACUCCCGCAGAGCCGGGCAUUCAAGCCUGUGGUCGCUUGGGGCUGGAGGACUCGAGCAAGCGGCCGAGAUGUGCUCUAGCGUAACGGACAAGAGGAAGGCGGUGGAGGGAAGGGAGGGGAUGUAGAUAGAUGUAUAUGAUUAUGUAAAAGUCAAAGAUAAUGAAGGCAGCGAAGAUUCUUG